GGCGAACCAAUGGCGAGCGACGGAAGCGAGGAGUUCAGGCUGGUGUCUCCGACAAUAAGCAACGAAGGCAAGAUCCCGAGGCAUUACACCGACGAAGGACAAGGAGCUAAGAAGAACGUGUCGCCACCGUUGGAGUGGUACAACGUCCCGGAGGGCACCAAAACCCUGGCUCUGGUGGUGGAGGAUAUAGAUGCUCCGGAUCCGGAAGGGCCGAUCGUGCCCUGGGUGCACUGGGUGGUGGUGAAUAUCCCGCCGACGGUGAAGGGGCUCCCGGAGGGAUUCUCCGGCGAGGAGGAGGAGGCCGGUCGAGAGUAUGCUGGCAUCAAAGAAGGCAAUAAUGAUUGGAAGAUCCCUGGGUGGCGUGGCCCCAGAUUGCCUAAUCACGGACAUAGGUUCGAGUUCAGGCUUUACGCUUUGGACGAUGAGCUUCAUCUCGGCAACAAGGUAACGAAGGACAAGCUUAUGGAGGCAAUCGAAGGGCAUGUGCUGGGGGAAGCGGUGUUGAUGGCUAAAUUCUGAGCUCUCUCAUUGUAAAAAUUGAAGUAACUGUGUUGGAUAUGCAG